AUGAGGAAUUUUGAGGUUGUGCUUGUGAGUAGGGUUGUGGCUAGGGAUGCUCGUUAUAUGAGUGGGGCUAUCUCGGGCUUGGGAGUGGAUGGUGUGGGGUAUUGGUGGCUAGAGCUUAGGGGGUGUUAUAAGGAGUUUAUAGGUGAAGGAAAGGACUUGAUGGUUGUCGAAAGAAGAAAUGGUCGAUAUGGAGAAGAGCUAUGCAUGAGGAGAAGCUCGGUAGUAGGGGCCGCAUAUGAGCUAGAGCUAUUGUUUGCUCAUGAGAAGGAGGGGUUUAUAGGUGCGAUCAUACAUACGAGGAAGAGACGGGGGCUUAGGGGUCAACUUGUAUGGAUGGUUAUAGAAUUUGUUUUGUAUGGGGCUUGA